UCCAAGCGAAAGCACCAACAACUCUGCAAAGAGGCAGCUUGGAGCAGAAAUUCUUCGGCGAGCCGAAAGAGAUUAUAAUUUUACCUAUCCUCUACAGAGCCAGCCGUAUACUCUUAUCAUCAGUGGAUACACCACAAUCUUUGCACUUGCGGAGAUCAUUAACGAUAUAAUAGCGACGGAAAAGCAACCAGAUUGGAGUGGUGCGGCGCUAAUGCAACGGCUUCGCAAUAGAACGUUUGCAGAUAACUUUGGUAACACUAUGUACAUCGACAGCGAUGGACAGCGGCGUACUGACUUCACAGUUUCUCUUUUCAAUGCAAACGGAAGUCGUGAGCCUUUGCUGCGAAAGUUUGGUCAGACCGGGAAUAUACAAGAACUGCAGCAAUUGUUAGUGUGGGGUUCUUCCAAUGCUUCUUUUCCCCCACCUAACGAACCGCUAUGUGGAUAUCUCAAGCAACGCCCGCCGUGUAUGCCUGGUGAUAAUCGAUUUACUUACGUUCUAUCGAUCAGUUUAGUUUGUUCAUUCGGGGCCAUAACUGUCCUGGGAUGUGCAGUGUUCGUCAAACGCAAAGCAGACAACCAGUUACUCCGUGACCCCUGGUGGCAAGUGUAUCUGGAGGCACCAGAUCAAAGAGUAGUCUCCCGGCUCUCGCUGCUAGCUGCACAAGGAAGAAAACCCCGUUACUCAUUGGAAUCAAACGCGCUACGUGACCCAACCACUUCGUCGCCCAGCUUUAACAACGCCAUCCUUCUUGGAUCUUUUAAAAACAAGCCGGUGAUGGGCUGGAAAGUGCUGAACAAAAUGGACAGCAUCAAUAUUUGCCAGUUCUUCGGACUGGCCAUAACAGCCUCCACAACCGGCGUUUACUGCAUCUCCGCGGUGAUGGAGAGUCCCUCACGAGGAGCUCUGCCGGACGUAUUUGACAGUUCUGUUAGCAGAGACCCGACAAUGCAAAGCUCCUUAGUGCUGGACUAUAUCGAAGCAGUUCAAUAUGUUCACUCUUCAUCAUUACAAUACCAUGGGCGAAUCAGUGUCCUGACUUGCUGGGUGGAUAAGCAUUUCACCCUUAAACUGGCGCAUUUGGGUUCCGAGAAAAUUCGGCAUAACUUAUGCCAAGCCAACCGAGAUUUGACCACGAAUUUAUGUCAGAAUGUCAUCGGAGAAUCUGUAUAUUGGUCACCACCCGGAACAACAGCCAGCGCUGACAACAAAUCACAACAGAUGGUAGAUAUUUUCUCAUCAGGUCUGGUCAUCUACGACAUACUGACCGCGGGAAAUAUCUUCGCGAAAAUCAUAGCAGCUGCACAAGAUUCUCCGAGUUUUCCCGAAGUUCUCGAUCUUUGCCUGGAUGCGCCGGACAUUCCUGACAUACUGCGGUUAUGUCUCAGCGCAGAUCCGCUUCAACGACCAGAUGCAGCAAGACUUCGUCGUGAAAUGGUCCAGAUUAAUCCUUUGUUGGCUCCCAAUAAGAAGAAAACUACGCUAUUUGACAAAAUUUACAAACGACUAGAGCGUUAUGCAAUGGAGUUGGAAGGUCAAGUCGCGACUAGAACCUGGGAACUUAAGGAAGAGAUGGAAAAAUGCGACGCUAUCAUCUCUCAGUUCCUUCCGAAAUCCGUGGCAAAGCAGCUGCGCGCCGGUGAAAAAGUUUCGGCUGAAAUUUUUGAGUCUGUGACGGUUCUGUUCGCUGAUUUAUAUGGAUUCGCUGACUUUAUCAAAAGUAGUUCGCCGGAGAUGACGAUAUCCUUGAUCGCGGCCACGGAAGCUUUUAUCGACAGACUGUCAACGGAGUGCGAGGUCUACAAAGUGGAGGCAGUUAUGGAUUCGUUUAUGGUAGCGAGUGGACUGCCAGAGCGCAUCGGAAAAAACCACAUCCAAAGGAUGGCGGGAUUUGUGAUUAAGCUAAUGGAGGCUAAACAUCAGUCGACCUUUCUGCUGAAUUUACAAUUUAAGAUUGGCAUGCAUUCCGGUCCAUGCGCCGCUGGACUUAUGGGACUGAAACGGCCACGCUAUUGCCUGUUCGGUGACACAAUCAACAUGGCCUCCCGAAUGUGCAGUCACGGCUUGCCAGGACACAUUCAUUUGAGCCCACACAGCCAAGCACUUCUGGAGAACUUCCGCCAGUUCGCUGUCGAGUCAAGAGGGUUGCAAGCGAUAAAGGGAAAAGAUACCAUGACAACAUACUGGCUUCUUCUACCAUCACACUAACGGUAACGGAAGGCAUAA